AGAGUUGAGGUGAUUUUUGAUUCUCUUCAUGAUCGAAUUCUGAUCAAGAACUUUUGAGAAAUUCGCAAGGUUCUUGGAAGUCACUUUGUCACCCAGUACAUGGAGCUAUUUGUUAGAUGGACCUUAAACAGCUAUUGUAUAAUUAACUUGAAUUUCUCAGUUUUGGUCUAGAUUAUAACUGUAUUGAUUGUCCAGUUGGAAAUGAAUAAUGAGUUGUAAUGAAAUAAAAAGUAAAUCUUAAAAUUUGAUCAAUUUCUUCAAUUUUUAUUGAGAAAAUGAAGCUGAUUAGUUUUAUUCAUCUUUUUAUCUUAAUUUCACAAAGUUUCGGUGAAGAUUAUUCAUUGGACUUGGAUAGUGAUAAUAGUCUAGAAGGGAUGAAAGGUGACGAAGAUGAUUUUAUUGGCCCUUCUAAUGUGACGAUAUUGUGGACAGAAUUGGGAUUUCGAACAGUUUGUGAUGAAGAUGAAUGGAAAGGACAAUUUAAUUCAAUCAAAUCACAAAUGAUCGAGUGUCUUGAAAUAAAUGAUAUAAUUUACGAGAGCUCAGAUGAGGAAGAAUUUCAUCGACAACGUAAAUUAGCGACAAUUUCUGGUAAAUCAUCAGAAAAUCCUUAUUGUUGGCUUGCAAAAAGUUGGCUACGUUGCUCGAGAUUAAUGGCCGGGUUAGAAUGUAUCGAACCUAAUCCUAAAUCUCUGUUAACUAAUCGUUCAAAUAAAAUGAAAGAGAUGAUUGCAGCUCAAAACGAUUACGAUUCCAGUGAUCCAUAUGAUUGGAGGAAUAUGAUGAAACCUUAUAAUAUUUUGUGUGAAAUCGCUAAAUUGUCAGCGAAAAACAAUAUAUUCGAAUCACUGGGAUCUUGGUUCUAAUCACAAUCAUUUCAUCGUCAAACCUCAUCUUCAAUGGUCAAAAUUCGUGGAUUGUUAUUCAAUAUCCUCCAGUUGAAAGUCAAAAUCUGAAAAUUUAGCACUCAAUUAGUUUUCUUUUACACUUUUCCUUAAUUCAUUAAUAACAAUCUGUCUCCAAUAAGACAAUAUGCUAACUAAUAACUUGGAUUACCUGUUAAUCCUUGUAAGUCAAACGAUGAAUAAAAAGUGAACCAUUAAAACAUGCA